CAUCAUGCUAAAGUUGCUGGCUUCCUGUGCUCUUCUUGGAAAUGAAAUAUCUUGCACGCUGCAUCAUCUGGGGGUCACUCUGAUCUUGCUUGCCACCCUCCCUUCUUUUCAUGCUGAUCUUGGUGUGGGCUUCUCUUUGUUUUGUCCAUCAAGUUCUUCUGGUUUUAUGCUGCCACUCUCUUGGUUUCUCGUUGCACGUUUCUGUGGGUUACCCUUCAGUUCAUGCUUCAUGCAUCUCUGUGCCUGCCUCUCAAUUCUUUCAUCAGGUGUUCUUGUUCCCUUGUGCUUUGCUUAAGCUAAAGAAUCCUACAAGAGCUUUGGAGGGUCGCUGCUUUGUCUUGGGUGGGGCUUGAAUUUCUUUAACAAGGCAAGGCAGCAAUGAUGAGCUUCAAGAGCCAUGAGGGAUUUGGGCAGGUUGCUGCUGUCAACCAGGCUUCCAAUGGUGCCGGCGCCCCACUGCCGUGGUGGGCGGGGCCCCAGCUGCUGUACGGCGAGCCGGCACCCCUGUCGCCGGAGGAGGCGCGCCGGGACGGCCAGUUCCAGGUCGUGCCGGGAGCUCAGGGCACGCCGGAUCCGGAGCCACCGGCGGUGAAGGCCGGGCAGCCGGCGAAGAGAGGGGCCCCUGAGGAGCUGAAAUUCUGUGUGUUCCAAGGGAACUCAGAGUCGGGAGAUAAAGGAGAGAAAGCCCCAGAUCACUCUACGACUGUUGCACUGCAGUCACCAUUCCCAGAAUACAAUGGUCGUUUUGAGAUUGGUCUUGGUCAAUCCAUGGUAGCUUCCAAUUAUUCGUGUGCUGACCCGUGCUAUGGCCUGCUUACCCCUUACACAAUGAGAUCCAUGUCUGGUGGGAGAAUGCUCUUGCCACUGAACGCACCAGCUGAUGCACCGGUCUAUGUGAACCCGAAGCAGUACGAAGGCAUCCUCCGUCGCCGCCGUGCUCGCGCCAAGGCGGAGAUGGAGAACAGGAUGGUGAAAGGCAGAAAGCUUGUCAUGCCGCAGCCGUAUCUCCAUGAGUCGCGCCAUCUCCACGCGAUGCGCCGGGCGAGAGGCUCCGGUGGGCGCUUCCUCAACACAAAGAAAGAAGGGAACGGCAAGGACGCGGCCGCCAACAGAGGCACCAGGAUGGCGGGACCUGUGCGCCUCGCCACGUAUCCUUGCUCCGAGGUUCCACGGCCGGGGCUCGGCAACAAUCUGCGCAGCCACUCCCGGAGCAGCGCCUCAAGCCUGUCCGGCUCAGAGGUGUCAAGCAUCUAUGAUCAUCACCACGACGCCGACCACUACAACGGGAUCGAGCACCUCCGGACGCCCUUCUUCACCCCGCUGCCAUCCAUCAUGGACGGCGAGCACGGGGCCGCCGCCAUCCCCUCCUUCAAGUGGGCAACCGCCGCGGCCGCCAGCAGCGGCGGCUGCUGCGAGCUCCUCAAGGCGUGAAGCGAGGAGGGGAUGGCUACUCAGACAGCCAGCCUUCACUCGGUCGGUUGUCUGUAGGCAAAUCAUUCUUGGCUCUAACUGCAUUGGGGUGCACCUCGUCAUCACCCAGUCCCUGAAACUCCACAGUGUUAGGUUUCAGAGGUCCUGUGAUGCUGGAGCUCCCAAUAUGCCUGUAAUAUAGUGUGCCUAGAGCACUGCUACUUAGUACUUGCUAGCAGUGUGUCAGUACGAAUUUUGUGUUGUCAUGUUGAUCAAUGUCUGAAUGAUUGAGGUGUCAGACUUCAGGGUUAGUUCAUGGGGAUGUGUCAGAGUCUGCUUUUGUAAAAGUCUGAAACUUCAGUGCAUGGUACUACUUGGUAGAGUUGUGUUUUAGUAAGCUGGAGUUUGUAUUUGUAAGUUUGGGACCUGCAGUCUGCUGUGAUAUCUCUGUUGUUGUAAUUGAUAUGCAUGGCUUCUAAUCUUGUCUAA